AUGAAAUAUUUUGACAAAUCUGUGAAACAAAAACUUAGCUGUCUCGCCAACAACAUGGAAAAAUACAUAUCAUUCUCUGUCGGUAAUUUACGAUUCAUAGACUCCCUUCAGUUUUUGAAUGCAUCACUUGAGACAUUAGUUACCAACUUGAAAGCAGAGGGUAGUGUUAAAUUCACUCAACUCAAAAAAGAAUUUUCGGAUGAGCAGCAAAUCAACUUACUUCUAAGAAAAGGGGUAUAUCCUUAUGACUUUAUGGAUGAUGAGUCUAAGUUUAACAUGACCAAUCUCCCCUCUCAAACUGAAUUUUAUAACAUUCUCACUGACAGUGAUAUCUCGGAUGAUGAUUAUGAGCAUGCUCAUCAGGUGUGGACAAUGUUUGAUUUGAAAACCAUGGGAGAGUACCAUGAUCUGUACAUGAAAACAGACGUUCUCCUCUUGGCAGAUGUAUUUGAACAUUUUAGGAAUAUGUGUUUGGAUUAUUAUCAUCUGGAUAGUGCUCACUAUUACACUUUACCUGGUGUAGGCUGGGACGCCAUGCUCAAGAUGGGGGGUGUGGAACUUGAGCUUCUUACAGAUGUGGACAUGCAUCUCAUGAUAGAACAUGGUCUAAGAGGGGGGAUUUCAAUGAUAUCAAAACAGUUUUCCAAAGCUAACAACCAUUAUCUGGAAACAUUUAAUGAAAAUGAACCCUCUACCUAUCUUAUGUAUUUGGAUGCCAAUAACUUGUAUGGCCACAGCAUGUCUCAAUACCUCCCUGAGAGAGAUUUCCAGUGGGUUAAAGACUUGGACAGUCUAGACAUAAUGACUGUGACCGAGAAUUCAAACAUAGGGUAUAUUUUGGAAGUGGAUCUAGAGUACCCUACGGAGUUACAUGACUGUCAUAGUGAUUAUCCUCUAGCUCCUGAGUCCAUGCUAGUUACUGAUAACAUGCUUUCUCCUCACUCACAGCAGCUGAGAGAUAAGCUUUGUCUUACAGGUCGGCCUGUGAAAAAAUUAGUUCUAAACCUCAAUGAUAAAGAGAAAUAUGUACUGCAUUACAGAAAUUUACAAUUCUAUCUCCAACAGGGAUUAAAGUUGACAAAGAUCCAUAGAGCUAUUCAGUUUAAACAAUCUCCAUGGUUGAAAGCCUAUAUUGAUUUCAACACCGAGAAAAGAAAGCAGUCUAAAAAUGAAACUGAUAAAGCUUUCUUUAAGUUGAUGAACAACUCAUGCUUUGGUCGAAGCAUGAUGAAUGUGAGAAAACAUGUGAAUGUGGAGCUUGUCAAUUCCAAGAAACGUUUAACAAAACUCUGUGCUAAACCUACAUUUGAAGGGUUUAAAAUCUUCAACCCUGAUUUGGCUGCAGUUCAUCGUAAGAAAGCCAUUAUCUUUCUCAAUCAGCCUAUCUAUGCCGGCUUUUCGAUUCUAGACAUGUCUAAAAUCGUUAUGUAUGAUUUUUACUAUGAUUUUAUGAAAACAAUGUAUGGAAAUAAAGUCCAGCUUUUGUUCACAGAUACAGAUUCACUGUGUUAUGAGAUUGAAACAGAAGAUGUCUAUUCUGAUUUUCAGAAACAUGUUGACUUGUUUGACACAAGCAACUACAAAUCCUCUCAUCCUCUCUACUAUGUUGCUAAUGCCAAAGUUUUAGGUAAAAUGAAGGAUGAGCUUGGGAGAUCUGUCAUGGAAGAGUUUGUUGGUCUUAGACCCAAAAUGUAUUCAGUCUUCUAUGAGAGGAAAGAGAGAAAAACAGCUAAAGGUGUUACCAAAACUGUGAUAAAAAAGGUCCUGAGACAUAAUAUGUAUAAGAAAUGCCUGUUUGAACAUUCCCAAAUGAGACAUAACAUGAACACUAUCCAGAGUGUGAAUCAUCAGCUUUUUAGUGUAGUCACCAACAAGAUCAGUGUAUCUCCAUACGAUGACAAGCGCUAUGUCCUUGAAGAUGGAAUCCAUACUCUAGCCCAUGGACACUACCGUACUCAUACUAGAAUCAUUGAUUAA